AUGUCAUCUCAUUCUCGCACUCCCUCUGGAGCUGGUCCUCCCACAUCUCAGGCUCGCACUUCUUCUGGAGCUAGUCUUCCUGCAUCUCCUACUCGCAGUCCUUCUGGACUUGCUUCUCAACCUCCUACUCGAACUCCCUCUGGCAAUCAAACCCCCUCCACAUCUGCUCCCCAAUCCCCUCCUCGCACCGCAGAACAAUCUACCCCUCAAACAACAUCCAAUUCUCCUCCCAAGUCCAUAAUCCACAUUCCAUACAUUCGCAACAUCUCUGCCCCAGGCACCUCUGACUAUGACCAGUACAAGCUUCCUACCGAGUUCACAAAGAGACCUGGUUUCAACAAUACUGGUAAAGCAGUCCAAGUCAGCCUCAAUGCAUACAAAGUCAAUCAAUAUCCUACUGCAAAGAUCUAUCAGUAUGAUGUUGUCAUUGGGAGCGGCUCAGAGAAGCGUAUUGUCCAGAGCAAAGUCUGGAACUCCAAUGCUCGCAAAGAAGCCACUGGUGUGCAAAUGAUCUUUGAUGGAAAUCGUCUUGCAUGGUCAUCAAAGGAUCAUGGCGAGAUUCGCUUGAUUGUCGAUCUUGACCAGGAGGAUGGUCGACCUGGCCGUGAUAGCAACAAGUUCAGACUUCACAUCACAAAAACCCGUGUUCUUGAUGUCGGCCUCAUUCAGCAAUACCUCGAAGGUCGAAUUCAGAUGGAUGUCACUAUCCUCGAAGCCAUCGGCUUCUUAGAUCACCUUCUUCGGGAAGGCCCUUCUCGAGACCCCAACUACAUCACCAUCAAGCGUUCUCUCUUCAAGAAGAAAGCAGAUCGUGCAGAUCUCGGCAAUGGCGUUGAAGUGUGGCGUGGAAUCUACCAAUCCAUGAGACUUGCUGAAGGAACGAAGAUGGUUGUCAACCUCGAUGUUGCCAACUCAUGUUUCUGGAAAGAGAAUACUUUGAUCGGUGCUAUCGUCGCCAGCGGAUUUCGUGAUAGCCAAGAUAUUGCUCAUCAACUACGACCUUAUGGGGAGAAUGGAAGUCGCGAGGCCAAUCCUACCCAUAGAGCUCUUCAAUCCAAGAUCAAAGGUAUGAUUGUCAAAGCAAGCUAUCCCGGCAACCCUUUUCCCAAUAAAGAGUGGAAGAUUUUUCGCAUCUCUACCAACAAUGCCAAUGAGGAGAAGCUCGAAUGGAAGGACCCUAAGACCAAACAACCCACUGGAGAGAUGCUGUCUGUUACUCAGUACUUCAAGCGCAAGUACAAUAAAGCACUCCAAAAUCCCUAUGUCCCUUUGAUCGAGAUGACAAAGAAAGGAGUCAAAUACCCUAUGGAGCUUCUCGUCGUUCAACCUGCUCAGCGAUACAACACCAAGUUGAAUGAAAUUCAGACUGCCAACAUGAUCAAAUUUGCCGUGUCUCCUCCUGCAAAGCGACUUGAGGCUAUCAAUGAGGGUAAAUCCUGGCUCAACUGGCAACAAGAUCAAUUCCUAGUCAAUUAUGGUCUCAAGAUCAAUGGUGAACCAAUAAAGACCAAUGCUCGAAUUCUGCCUGCACCUGGAAUCAAAUUUGGCAAUCGGGUCGAACAACCGGGCACUCGAGGUCGAUGGGACCUAAAGCAGAAGACCUUCCUGGCUGGCAACCCUAAAGAACUAGUUUCUUGGGGUAUUGGCAUCUUCCCUGGAAGAAGCAAGCCCGACAAGGCCCAAAUUGACAAAUUCGCACUCGACUUUGCCAGAGCUUAUCGCGGCCACUCCGGAAAGGUUGCAGCCAAGCCUCCAUUCAUGAAGAUGCUUCCAUCAGACGCUGGUGCUGCUGUAGAGCAACUUUUCACAGAGACUGGCAACAACUUCAGAAUGCGCCCUCAACUACUGGUUUUCUUGGUUCAGGAUAAGCAGGCAUUCCAUUAUCUACGCAUCAAGAAAUCCUGUGACUGUCGCUAUGGUGUUGUCUCUCAAGUCAUGCAGAUUCAACAAGUCCUUAAGGGCAAUCCUCAAUACUACUCAAAUGUCUUGAUGAAGGUUAAUGCCAAGCUCGGUGGCACCACCUCUCAAGUUGUCCCUCAUCAAUCCAGUGGUUUCAAGGGUUUCCAAGGCCCAACCAUGGUGAUCGGCGCGGACGUCUCACAUGCUUCCCCCGGCAGUCUACAGGCUUCCAUGGCCGCAAUCUCUAUCUCUUUUGAUCGAUUUGGUGGUCGAUACGCUGCUGCUUGUGAAACCAAUGGUCAUCGCGUUGAGAUGAUCUCCAAAGCCAAUUGGAAGAGCAUGUUCCUCCCAAUUGCCAGAGAAUGGGUUAAAUAUGUCGGCAACAAUGGUCUCCCCAAGCAGGUCUACUACAUUCGUGAUGGCGUUUCCGAAGGCCAGUUUGCUCAUGUCCUGAAUCAAGAAGUUCCUGAGAUCCGCAAUGUGCUCGGUGAGUUAAGUGACAGCAAGAAAUUUGAGGGCAAGAUCACCGUCAUCAUUGCCUCUAAGCGUCAUCAUGUUCGAGCAUUCCCACGACCAGGAGAUAAAGAAGCCGCUGACAUGAAGGGCAAUCCUUUACCUGGUUGCUUGAUUGAGCGAGAUGUGACCAUGCCUAACGAGUUUGAUUUCUAUCUCUACUCUCAUAUUGCCUUGCAAGGCACUUCUCGACCUGUUCACUACACCAUCCUCUAUGAUGAAGCCGAUCAUCGCCCUGAGCAGAUUCAGAAUAUGCUCUAUGAGCAUUGCUACCAGUACAUGCGAUCGACAACCUCAGUUUCUCUGCAUCCUGCAGUCUACUAUGCUCAUCUUGCUUCCAACCGUGCCAAAGCACACGAAGACAUUCCUGCAACUGCCGGCCCUCAAGGUGGUCCUGGAUUCAAGCAAGGACAGCAAAAGAAGAGCUCCGAACCCAGCGACACUGAGACCAAGCCAUUGAUUCCCAUGCUCAACACUGGUGGAAUCAUGACAAGCAUGUGGUACAUCUAA